AUGCAGCCAUCACUUUUGUCUCUGCCAUCGUCUCCGGUGGAUCCUCUGGACUGGGAGAGGGUAAUCGGCCCGUCGUGCUGCGUGUGCGGGCAAGCGUACAUUCCAGCAGCCGAGGUCGACGACGAGCACAUCAUCGGCGGCGGAGGCGGCGGCGGCGGCGGCAACGGCAGGAAGCACAGCAGCCCUUCUUCGCGACAACGAGGCGGCGGUGGGGCAAGGAACGGGGAGGAGAGCUACGUGGUGCUGCCGGACUCGAAGCCCGUGCUCUCUGAGGACUACUUCACCCUUGCUCGAAAUCAACACCAUGCCGCCGGCGGUGUCGCCGCCGCUGUGGCAUCAUCGUCUCUAGCCGAGGGCGCGAGACUAGCCGGCGCUCGGUCGCAGCAGGCGUCCGGCCCUGGCAUCGGGAGAAGCGUCGGCGGUGGUUCAUCGCUGCCCCCGGGGUCCGAGCUCCUCGAAUCCGGGUUCUCCGCGUACGGCGGCUCGGUAGCAGGGUUCGGAGGCGGAUGGACGGGGUCGGGAUUCGGGGCGGGGUCGUCCAUGCUCGAGAGCAUCGUCCAGAUCUCCCACGCGGGGCUCAGCGACAACGUCCGGCGGGAGUCCCUGCUGUACGACAUGUCCCAGAGGCCCGCGCGACGGUUUCGGGCUGGAGAGCAGAAGCUUCCAGCUAGCAAGGAUGGCGCUUCCGCGGCCGAAGUCGACGGCGGUGAUGAUGAAAGAGGCGGCCGUUUGUCCCAGCGGCAACGGGCGGACAGCGAAGGAGCAGAGGGGCAGGAGGAGUCCGACGACCCGACGCUCUGCUGCCACUGCUACGCGUCGCUGCUGGAGCAGAUAGACGAGGACAGCCGCCUCGCCGACCGGGAGGCCCUGGCGUACCGGGACUUCGUCGAGGUCCUCAGCGGCAUCAUCGUCUCGCAAGAUAACGGCCUCGAGUCGGCGGGGCCCACCGCUCCCGGCAGAAGAAGAAAGGCUGAAGGCUUCCCAGCAGCAGCAGCAGCAGCACAUCGCUCUCCUCCCGCUACUACACUACCAGGAGAAGGCUCGGCGGACUCGAUGCGGCGCGAGGGUUCCGACAGACAGGAACACGACGAAGACGAUGAUGGAAGCGCAGCUGGGCCGGCGGCGUCGCCGUUCGCGCAGGCGCUGCGGAUGGCCCAGGAGACGAGCGUGCUGCUGAGGAGGGAGCUGAGGUCCCUGGAGACGCAGAGGGGGGCGCUCUGCGCGCGGGGGUCCGAGGCGUGGGCGGCGCUGUCGGAGCUGGCGUACGCGCGGGGCGUGCUCGGGGACGAGUGCAGGGAGCUGUUGCAGGCCUCCAGAGAGGUGGCUGAAAACGCGGCGCAUCUGUCGGAGCGAUCGGCCCUCAGCAAGCUGUUCUCGAUCCGGCACGUGGACGGGUUUCCGUCGAUAAACGGUUUCCGGCUGGGUAGAGCUCCCGACGACAAGCGGCGGCUGCACUGGAACGAGAUCAACGCGGCGUGGGGAGAGCUGGCAAGCGGAGACAAUAGCGGCGGCCUGUCGCAGGAGGACGGUGCAGGCCGGCGAGGGCAUGGCCCCGAACCCGCCGCCGCCGCUACCUCGGUCGUGGUCGUGUGCGCGCACGACCUCUUCUCCACCGGCGGCGGCGGCGGGAGGGGCGGCGGCCGCAGCGGCAGCGGGGAAGAGAACCUCCGGCACCUCGCCGCCGUCCGAGCCUUCCUCGCGUGCUCGGCGGAGGUGAUGGCGUUCUUAGAGAGGCGGGUCCUCGAGCGGCGGCUGGAGGGCGAGGUGUCCGCCGGGGCCGCCUGCGUGGCGUGGUCGGACGUCGGGGUGCCGUACAAGCAGACGGAGGACGCCGUCGGCGGGGUUUCCAUAGGCGCGCUCAAGGGCCAGGGGUCCUGGAAGCCGUGGCUGUGCCAGCUGGUGAAGAACUUGGAGUGGGCGGUGGGCGCCGCGUCCUCCCUCUGCGUGGCGUAG